AUGUAUUCUCAUUAUUGUUUUCCUUUCAAGUUUCUUCAGAAGGGGCGGGUCCGCUUUCGAUUCUGUUCUGGGCUCGAUAGUUUUGAAAUGAACAAUUAUACCGGACAGUAUGGAUAUAUUUUCCCAAUGCAUCCAACGUAUACUUGGGGUGCUGCAAACCAAGCGCAUUCAGCGAUGCAAGAUCCACAUCUCACAUACAGUUACGAUUCCACUAAGCAACAACCUCUUCCUUAUGCUGAAUACAUGGGACCUCAGGUACAAGACUAUGAACCACCCGUAAAGGAUUUUAAUGGUCAGUAUGGUUAUCAUACGAAUUCCACACCUAUGCAAUCUGCUUCAACUUCUCAAUGGAGUUUAAAUCAAAUGCGAACCCUUCAUUGGAUUCAAGUUACUGGGGUGAUUCUCGGAAUGCAAGUCUUUCACGACAUCAAUCUUCUGCACCACCGAUACCUGAUCAAAAUCGGAAGCAGAAACUGCGAAUAUACUGCAAAUAUUGUGAAACAUAUACGUAAUUUUAAACGAAGCUUCAAUUCAAAUGAAGAUAAGAGAGUUAAAGCGAAAUCUCGAAGUGAUUACCGUAGAAAUAUAAAUAGGAACCGAAAACCGAAUUUUCACUGUGAAGAUUGCAAACGGUCAUUUCAAAAGAAGGAUCAGUAUCUUGAUCAUAUCACUACUGAAGGACAUAUGAAAAAACCCGAUCGUAAUAAAAAUGAUUCGGAUGAUGGAGAGUCUAGAAAGGCCUCGAGACGUACAGAUUAUUGUGAUGUAUGUGAACAGGCCUUCCAAAAUAGCCGUCACUUCUAUGCUCACUUGAAAUGGAAGAAGCACAAACGUCUGUGUAGAGUAACUAGACUGUUGAGAGGACAGCUAAAGAAGACACCCGAAGAAAUUGCUAGUGAUCCAGUUGGUUCAUUCACAUUAUACAUGAACAAAGACUGCUCUGUUCCAUAUGGGAACUAUGGAGAUUGUAAGGAAGUCGAAUUGGAUGCUGGAAAUGCAUUUUUGCAAAAAUUCCUCGACUUGAAACAUUUAAUCGCUCAAGAACCGAAUCCAGUUGGCGAGGAAUUUAUUCAGGAGCAAGUGUACAAUACACGAGAUUUGGAGUACACCUGUUCACUGUGUAAACUUGAUCUAAUUGGUGCCAUUGAUAUUGAAAAUCAUUUACGCAGUCAAAAUCAUCAGAAGAAAUACAAGGAGAAGUUCAAUUUGGAACAGUUUGCAUUUGAAGAAGAAAUGAAAUUGUCUGCAUCGGACGCAGUUUUUGCUGUAUGGAAAACAUGCCAGUCUAGAGCUAGUAAAGAAUUAGCGCGAAUUAUUUCAGAUAAAGGAUUUCAUUUAUGCAUUUGUGGCUUCCGUAUUACAUGCUACGAUGAUAUGAGAAGACAUUUUCCAAUAAAAUACUACGACAUUCAUCCACGAAUCCGUUCAUGGAAGAAAAGUUUAGAGAAAUGUAUUCGUUCACGUGCUGAUCGUCGUAGAAUUGAUUAUCGGGAUUGCUAUACUAUUUUAACAUUGUUUGGUCUACCCAGUCACAUAAUUGAUAUGAAAAGGGAGCAAGCUUUAGAGGCAGCUAAGGCUAAACUACUCGAAGAACCGAGUAAGGAGGAUUCAACAGAAGGUGGUCAGAAGGAUGAUGAAGAGGAUGAUGAGGAAGAAAAUGACGAUGAGGAAGAAGAGGAAGAGACCAAUCCAUCGAAAACAAUUGACAAGUCAACUAAAGAGUCCGCACCAAAUAUCGAGAGUCUGAAUGAACAACAACUAGAGUCAUCUUAG